CAACUCUUUCACACUCUUUCAUUCAACUCUCUACCUUUACAAUAAUAAUAUUAAUAGGUUUUUCAUUUCUUCAUCAAACUAUCAAACUUUGUCUUUUCUCUUUCCAUUUUCCACAUUCUCUGCACAUAUUUCUUCAAUAUCAUCAUCAGGGUCAUUUCAUUUUUCCUUUCUUUCAAUGUUUUUCACAUAUUUAUGAUCAAAAGAUUAUGUUUUUGCCUUAAUCAAUCCCAAACAGUGAUUAAAAAAAAAUCAUUUUUUUUCAUUGUUUCUUAGUUACAAGAGUUGAAUUUGAGAUUCUGAAAAAAUGGGUUGUUUACUAAGUAAAGAUAAAGAUAAAGAUAAAGAUUCAGAACCAGAACACAACAAUGGUUAUAGAUAUGCUGAAUCUUCUGGUCAACACAAUCAUAGGAACAAGAACAACCAUGAACAAGUCAACCAUUCAAGAACACCACAUCAACCUGAAAAACAAAAACAACCUGCAUCAUCUCAUGUGAUUCCUCAGAUGACACCUUUGAAGCCUUCAUCAGUUUCUGCUCCAAGUCCAAAGCCUGUGAUCAAGCAAGACACAAACACAAUCCUAGGAAAAGGUUUUGAAGAUGUGAGAGAUUUCUACACACUUGGAAAGGAAUUGGGUAGGGGCCAAUUUGGAGUAACAUAUCUAUGUACUGAGAAUUCGACUCGGUUGCUUUACGCGUGUAAGUCGAUUUCGAAGAGGAAGCUUGUGAGUAAAUCUGAUAAGGAGGAUAUAAAGAGGGAGAUUCAGAUUAUGCAGCAUUUGAGUGGUCAACCGAAUAUUGUUGAGUUUAAAGGAGCUUAUGAGGAUAAGAAUUCGGUUCAUGUUGUUAUGGAGCUUUGUGCUGGUGGGGAGCUUUUUGAUAGGAUUAUUGCUAAAGGACAUUAUAGUGAAAAAGCUGCUGCUAUUAUAUGUAGACAGAUUGUUAAUGUUGUUCAUAUUUGUCAUUUUAUGGGGGUUAUGCAUAGGGAUCUGAAGCCAGAGAAUUUCUUGUUGUCUAGUAAAGAUGAAAGUGCUCUUCUUAAGGCCACAGAUUUUGGUUUGUCUGUUUUUAUUGAAGAAGGAAAGGUGUAUCGCGAUAUAGUUGGAAGUGCUUAUUACGUGGCUCCGGAAGUUCUUCGUCGCAGAUGCGGAAAGGAAAUAGAUAUAUGGAGUGCAGGAGUAAUACUAUACAUCUUACUUAGUGGUGUUCCUCCAUUUUGGGCUGAGACCGAAAAGGGAAUAUUUGAUGCAAUAUUGGAAGGUCAUAUCGAUUUUGAAAGUGAACCGUGGCCUAAAAUAUCGAACAGCGCCAAGGAUCUUGUUCGUAAAAUGCUUAUACAGGAUCCGAAGAAACGCAUCACUUCCGCGCAGGUUCUAGAGCAUCCAUGGAUUAAAGAUGGAAAUGCUUCUGAUAAGCCAAUAGACAGUGCAGUUCUCUCUCGAAUGAAGCAAUUCAGAGCUAUGAAUAAGCUAAAGAAAGUUGCAUUGAAGGUCAUUGCUGAGAAUAUGUCGGAAGAAGAGAUCCGAGGUUUGAAGUCGAUGUUUACGAAUAUGGACACUGACAACAGUGGCACAAUCACCUAUGAAGAACUUAAAGCAGGAUUGCAAAGACUUGGCUCAAAGCUAUCAGAAGCUGAAGUUAAGCAACUCAUGGAAGCUGCUGAUGUAGAUGGAAAUGGCACAAUUGAUUGCAUUGAAUUCAUCACUGCUACAAUGCACAGACACAAGUUAGAAAGAGAUGAUCAUCUUUACAAGGCCUUCCAAUAUUUUGAUAAAGACAGCAGUGGGUUUAUAACAAGAGAUGAACUGGAAACAGCCAUGAAAGAAUAUGGUAUGGGAGAUGAUGCCACAAUCAAAGAAAUCAUAUCAGAAGUUGAUACAAUCAUAUCUGAAGUUGACACAGAUCAUGAUGGUAGAAUCAACUAUGAAGAAUUCUGUGCAAUGAUGAGAAGUGGAAACCAGCAACAAGUAAAGAUAUUCUAAAAUACUUCUGAGAAGUGCUUCUGAAAUAUCAUAUAAUUUGAUAGACAUGUAAAGUUUUUGAUUUUGGAAUUCUCUUUUUGUUUCUCCAUAGAUAUUCUAUUUCUGAGUCCUCUUCAAAUUUGUCUUGGACAUGAAUUAUAAACUCAUAUAGCAAAGUUGAUACCUCAAUAAGAUUAGACAAGUUUUUGCACUUGAAAUCA